GAGAGAGAGUGAGAGAGAUAAAGAGAGAGAUUGAUGGAGAGAGCGGGAGAGUGAACAGCUCUAUGUAAACAGGGUGUCAGAAAAGAAAGUGCAGGGACAUUUUCAGCCUGCUAAGGCUGGGAAAAUAAUCACAUAGGAUCUGCAAAGCAGCACUCACUAGGGAAGAGAGAGAAACAGAGAGAAGAGAGAGAGAGUGACGGAACUGAACAGAGAGAGUCGGUGACAGUGAGAGAGACAGAGAGCGAGAGAGAGACAGAGAGAGAGGAAGCUAUAUAGCAACAGAGCGAAGGAGAGGAACUAAGCAAAAGGGAGAGAGAGGAAAAAAAGCUGAAUUAAUUCAGGCUGAAUGGGAGGGAGGGAUGUUGCUACCUCUGCCGGGGCUCCAGUGCCUUUGCUGUGCCUCUCUGUGUAGCUGGAGCUGUGUUGUGUAGCUGUGGCUCUGCUCUUUGUAGCUGUAGCUGCCGGUUUGUGUUGUGAGGAGCUCGCUGCUCUGCUCACGGAGGAAGGGAGAGCACGGACUGCCUAUCAACCCAUACUGAAGGAAGGAACACACACACAGACAGCAAAACUACUGGGAUGGGCAGAGGUCAUUAUAGGUCAUUGGUGCAGCAGACCUGCUAAGGGACCCUGUGUGGACUGACUGUGGGCUGUGGACAUAUCACUUCCUACCAGAGAUGAGGGGAACAGCUUGAGUCUGACGUCAGAGAGCGGGAAAGACCUAGAGACCUGCCUCUAGCUGGACCUCCAUAUCUCAUAUUGCCCGUCCUUAUCCCCCUUCCCCCACCCCACCAUCUCUGGCAUCUGUUUCUACCACCACCUCCACUCACUGGGAAGGAUUUGGGAUGACAGUUAACCUCCUCAGCUCUACCUCACUCCUCUUCACCACCCAGGGAUAACCAGCACUAGAACCUCUGUACCCUGAGAGGCACACGACCAUCCUCCCUCACCUCCCCCAGCUGGCAUCAUGAUGGGAGAUGGAGUUGGGAACUGGGAGUGUUUGAGUCCGUCUGAGUUUGGACAGCUGCAGCAGUACAGCGAGUAUUCCACCAAGAAGCUGAAGGAUGUUCUGGAGGAGUUUCACGGUGAAGGAGUCCUCUCCAAGUACAAUCCCGAGCAGAAGCAAGACGUUCUCAACCAACCCAUAGACUAUGAGGGUUUCCAGCUCUUCAUGACCACAUACCUGGAGAACGACAUCCCUGAGGAGCUGUGUCAGCACCUGUUCACCUCCUUCAAGAGCAAGACAGGGGGCUGCUCUCCUGAGGUGCCCCGUGCUGGAGCAGGACUGCUGGGAAUGAAUGGGAAGAGCAUCCUGACAGCAAUGGGCCGGCACACACCAGAGCAUUCCAUUGUGAUGGCCACAUGUUCAGGUGCCGUGUCUACCUCUCCCUGCUCCUCCCGGUCCUCCUCACAGCACUCUGGGACAGGGGCCCACACACCCGGGGGUUCCUACCACUCACCUGCCUGCACCCAAGCCAAACUCUCCACAGGUAGCAGUAGUAAUGCUCUGACCCCCACCCCAGCCAAGUCCCCAGCCUCCCCUCGCCUCUCCCCAGAGAGGAUCAGAGCGGAGAAGAGGAGGAGUCCAUCACCCCAGAAGGGCUCCCCUUUACUCUCCCCCCAGGUGGUGUUUCUGAAGGACAUUGUGUGUUACCUGUCCCUGCUGGAGAGGGGCACACCAGAGGACAAGUUGGAAUUCAUGUUCCGGCUGUACGACACAGAUGGCAAUGGAGUACUGGACAGCUCGGAACUGGACCGCAUCAUCAAUCAGAUGGUCCACGUGGCAGAGUACCUGGAAUGGGACUCUACAGAGCUGCGACCAAUCCUGAAGGAGAUGAUGGAAGAGAUAGACUAUGACCGGGACGGAACAGUCACCCUGGAGGAGUGGAUCAGGGGAGGCCUCACCACCAUCCCUCUGCUGGUCCUGCUGGGCAUGGAGACGAAUGUGCAAGAGGAUGGGCAGCAUGUGUGGAAAUUAAAGCACUUCAACAAGCCAGCCUACUGUAACUACUGCCACACCAUGCUGCUGGGAGUCCGCAAGCAGGGCCUCUGCUGCUCUAUAUGCAAGUACACAGUCCAUGAACGCUGUGUGUCCAAAGAUAUCGCUGCCUGCAUCAGCACCUACGCCAAGUCCCGCAGACACACUAAUGCUAUGCAGCACGUGUGGAUGGAGGGAAACUCUCCCACUAAGUGUGACCGCUGUCACAGAAGUAUCAAGUGCUACCAGGGCUUAACGGGCUUACACUGUGUGUGGUGUCAGAUCACUCUCCAUAAUAAGUGUGCCUCCAACAUGAAACCAGAGUGUGAUGGAGGAGCCCUUAGAGACCACACUCUACUCCCAUCCUACAUCUGCCCUGUAGUCCUGGACCGUCAUUCUGUUGUGAAGCGGGGUGAAGGGGACUCCCCGCCCAGCACCAGCCCUGACGACCCGAGUCAAAGCUUCAAAUUCACAGGAGACGGACAAGCACUGCAGAUCACUCCUCUCCCAGGCACACAUCCCCUCCUGGUCCUGGUCAACCCAAAGAGUGGCGGGAGACAAGGGGAGCGGGUAUUGAGAAAGUUCCAGUACCUGCUGAACCCCAGACAGGUGUACAGUCUAGACCGAGAGGGACCCAUGGUGGGGCUCAACUUCUUCCAUGAUGUCCCUGAUUUCCGGGUGCUGGCAUGUGGAGGGGAUGGGACAGUGGGAUGGAUCUUAGACUGUAUUGACAAGGCCAACUUCACCAGAGAUCCCCCUGUGGCCAUCCUCCCUCUGGGCACAGGGAACGACCUGGCAAGAUGCCUACGCUGGGGCGGAGGUUAUGAAGGAGGCAGUCUUCUGAAGUUCCUGCGGGACAUAGAGCACAGCACAGAGAUGGUUCUGGACCGAUGGAACAUCGACAUAGUCCCUGUUGACAAGGAGGAGAAGGGAGACCCUGUCCCCAACAGCAUCGUCAACAACUACUUCUCCAUCGGAGUGGAUGCGUCUAUCGCUCAUCGCUUCCACUUGAUGAGAGAGAAGCACCCAGAGAAAUUCAACAGCAGAAUGAAGAACAAGUUGUGGUACUUUGAGUUUGGCACCACAGAGACCAUCUCCGCCACUUGCAAGAAACUCAACGAGUGUAUCGAAGUGGAGUGUGAUGGUAUCAUCCUGGACCUCAGCAGCACGUCGUUGGAAGGCAUCGCCGUCCUCAACAUACCCAGCAUGCAUGGCGGCUCCAACCUGUGGGGCGAGACCAAGAAGAGGAGGAACUACAGCCGCAUGAGCAAGAAGGUUCCAGACAGGAUGCCCACCAGUACCGUCACCGAUAUAAAGGAGCUCAAAUUCUGUGUUCAGGACCUGAGCGACCAGUUGCUGGAGGUGGUGGGUCUGGAGGGUGCCAUGGAGAUGGGGAAGAUCUACUCAGGCCUGAAGAGUGCUGGCCGCAGACUGGCCCAAUGUGCUAACGUCACCAUCAGGACAUCCCGGCUGCUGCCCAUGCAGAUUGAUGGGGAGCCUUGGAUGCAGCCCCCAUGCACGAUCAAGAUCACACAUAAGAACCAGGUUCCCAUGCUACUGGGCCCUCCUCAGAAGAGCCCCUUCUUGUUCUUCAAGAGACGCAACAGAAGUCGGGACUAUGAGUGAGGAGGACACUUCAAACUCCCCCCUCUUCACAAACACAUUCACCAACCCCUCGGGACAACUCAAUAGGUCCCACAGACCAAGGCAUUGCCCCUUGGACCUACAGUACCACUUCAGAAUGAACUGACUUCCUCUCAGUGUAAUGACCACUUCCUGUGUAUCCAUGUUCUAGCUUCUAGAACUUCCUGUGAACUCUGAACUCUGACCCUGCCACUGGCACACUAGCUCAGUCAACCUCAGCUCCAGACUCAGCUUCAGCCCCAGACCCAUCAGUAAUGCCACACUGCCUUGGCAAAACACAGUGCCAGCAGCAUAUAGGUUCAUCUAGGAUACUGCCUUGGUUCUCAAAUGGAGGGAUAGAGAGAUGGAGUGAUAAGGAAACACAUAAAGAGAGAGUGAGACAAAGAGAGAAGCAGCAGAAGGGGAAUGGGAAGAGAAGAGUUGAAGAAAAGAAAGAGUGCAAAAGAACGAGAGCAAGGGAUGGGAUGAUUGACAUACAGCAGAUGAAAGUAGUAUGGCUGUGUUGUGUGCGUGCGUGUGUGUGCGUGCGUGUGUGUGUGCGUGUGUGUGUGCGUGUGUGUGCAUGUGUGCGUAUGUGUGUGCGUGUGUGCAAGUUCUCCUCUCUCUUUGAGGAGCCUGUUGAAUAAUGGAUCAGAGCUUGUAGAGUAUUCACUCCAGUGUCUCUCCAUGGCACAGAACACUGCACUGCCUGAGAGAUGAAACGGAAAGAGAUCAUCUAUUAUUGACUGCUUCGUUUACGCUUGACGGUGGCAGCAGGGCAAAACACACAGUAACAAUGGCCUGGGAAGCAUGGGAAACUCAAACUAACAUGCAGGGAUUUUUGCCCCCCAGCAUAUUUGCUCACAACAACCAUCUUUAGCCUAGUUUUGUAGAAUAUCAAUAGCUGAUCUGGUGUCAGGUCAAACAAAUGGCAAGGACUGGAGGCUUUUCUGUUUAUCUUCAUGUGGCUUAUUCACAUACUGUAGACAGGUCACCCACCAUCUUAGUAAGUGUAUAAACCCCUCUGAGACUGUCACACAGGUCCUCAACUUAGACUGGUUUUAUUGUUCUCCUCCAAAUGGCAAGGCCAUUGGUCCUUCGAGCCAGAUCAGUGGAACAGAGCCCAGUGUACAGGGGAGACCAAAAGAGGUUGGAGAGAGACGUGGACCUUACUUAUAUGUAUCACUGUAGCGACGUGAGAUGAGAGCGGAGUCCCAUGUCCCCCUCAGAAGUGCCGAGUAGGAUCAGCUAUAGGUUGAAGAAAGAAACCCAGUGUAGAGAAGACCAAAGGAGUUUGGGGUGAGGAGUGAGGAGUGGACUAGAUAUAUAUCACUAGAGAAUGUGAGAUAAGUCUGUUGCACCAUUAAGAAGAGCCCAGUAGGACCUCUGUAAGAGCAGAGUUCAGUGUAGAGGAAGAGGUGACUGAAGGAGGGUAGGUCCUUACUGUAAUGUUACAUGUAUCACCGUAGAGAUGAGAGAAGUCCCGAUCGAUCAGAAGUGCCCACUAAGAUAGCUUUAGGUUGAAUAAGCAUUGGUACCUGCUGCCUAGUAGGAUAUCUAAAGGUUGAAUCAACAAGCCUCAUCCAUAGGUUGAAUCAACAAGCCUCAUCCAGCUGCAGAUGUCCCAGAAGACUUUUAGAGAUUGAAAUGGAUUCAGCUAGCUAGUGCUGGUAUAUAACAGCCUGCCCUGACUGCCCCAGGCCUUAGGGGUCUGAUUUACCAUAGCGUGGACAGGAACUAAAUUUAACCUGCUAUUUCGGGAGGAUCUAUCUUGUGAAACACUAUUCCUAAUUACAGUGUAAAAACAUUAGCUCGCAAUGUGAAGUGUCCAAGAGUGCAAAACUAGGAGGCCAGGGGUGAGGGCUCGCUGGCUGUAAAAUGGUGGGUGUUAUUCAAAUCAUGUUUGUUGCUGGAUGGCACCAUUGAAGCAACAGGAAGAUAUGUUAUCAAUUGAAAUGGGCUGAACUGAAAAUCACACAUAGGAGUCAAACCUAACGGCAAAAGCUGAACAGGCUAGACACCCGUAUGAAUGUGGUAUCCAUGUACUAAGAUAUACCACUACCCGUAUGAAUGUGGUGUCCAUGUACUAAGAUAUACCACUACCCGUAUGAAUGUGGUGUCCAUGUACUAAGAUAUACCACUACCCGUAUGAAAAUAUUACUGUCCCAACUAUAGUGGCCAACUAUAUAUGUGCAGAUACAGUAUUUGUAUAUUCUGGAAGAUGUGUAUUACACAUACAUUUUUAUUUUAUUUUAUUGAACCUUUAUUUAACUAGGCAAGUCAGUUAAGAACAAAUUCUUAUUUACAAUGACGGCCUAGGAACAGUGGGUUAACUGCUUUGUUCAGGGGCAGAAUGACAGAUUUAGUUUUUGUGUUUUUAAUAAUAUAUUAUAAUAUAUUAUUAGUGUAGAGCUUUGAGGCAUCCCACUGGGCAAACACUGAUUGAAUCAAUGUUGUUUCCAUAUCUGUUCCACGUUGAACCAACGUAGAAUAGACAUCGAAUUGACAUCUGUGCCCAGUGGGAUAGUUUAGAAGAGUACAUACAGAUCAGUGUUCUUCAGUGGGUCACUUGAAUAACUGUCUGGGGCUGGUUCACAACACAUUCCCUUUGGUGUCGAGCACCCUCAUACCCUAGGAUGUAGGGGUUAGGGUGCAGGGCCCAGGGGGGUGGGGGCAGUGAGCCUCCAUGGUACACUUAAUUGUUUGUCCCAAAUGGCACCCUAUUCCAUUAGGUGCCAUUAGGACUCACCAGAGCACCACUCAUGGGACGAGGCUUUGAUGUCUUCGCCCCGAGUUCCCUUUAAAACCACACUGAGCCGAGACUCUCGUGUCCAGGCCCCACUAAACAGAGACACAUGUCCAAUGACCAUGGGGUAAAACAUUGGUUUAGUCCCAAGGCACCCUAAUCCUAAUAUAGUUUACGGCUUUUGACCAAAAUCCUAUCAAAAGUAGUGCACUAUAUAGGGAAUAGGGUGCCAUUUGGGACACAGCCUUUAUCUCUGUGGACCCCAGGGUCUGUCUGACCCUGCAACACCUCUAACCAGUACGUAUGGGAAACAUUUCAUUGACCACAUCACCUCUACAAUCCUAACAUAGCAUCAUUGGUCGACGGUCAUUGGACACAUUUUUUGUGUGUAGUCCUUACGGAGCCUGGAUCGAGGCGACUCAGUAAAAAGUGUGCAUGUUUACAGUUUACUUUUCAUUAAUGGGAAAAGGAUGAUUUUAAAUUGAAACCGUUUUAAUUAUGUGUAAAUAGAUACUUGAUUAUAUAUUUUAUCUCACCACCGCAUGCCUGCUGAAACAAAGGAGACAGAAAGAAAUGUCUGUCUGCUUGAGGAGAGACCACGCUGAUUGUUGCAACCCUCUCCCUCAAGCUAGGACCUGUCCUGCUGUCGGGUGAUAUUAGCUAUUCAACCCCCUCAACCAAUCCUUUGCUUAAAAACCCAUGAUCUUGUGUAUUUACUUUGUCUUUCUCUGUUGGUAGCUAACAUAACAUGUUGAUACUUCUGUGCAAGAAAAGGACAGUGAUGGCUUGUCUUGGUCAAAUAGAGAGACUUUCCAGGAGAAAUGUACACCAUUGCCAAGCGGCCAUUUUGUGUUUCAUCAUCAGGAGAUGGAAGAGAGACACCGACACGACAUCACAACCACAGAACUUAAUCCUAUCAGACGCUAUAUCAAUCUUCAAUGUUUGUGUCAUUCACCAGUUACCACUCAUCUCCAAUUCCGGUCAUCAGAAAUGACCAUCCUCUUACUCUGUGUUGCAAUAACUCACUGCCAUCACCAACUACCCGCCUGGUCUGUACCAUCACUGCCUAUGGUGUUGGUCCACUUCCACUUCCAACUACAUCCACAUCUAAGAGGAUUUGGUUUAGCCCAGGUUGUCAACGACGUCUGUAGAAUGUGGCCUCUCAUCAUUUUAAAAAGUAGGAGGGCCGGUGUGAAAACAUCUGUUUUCUUGUUGACAGAGUGUCCCUUGGCGGGUCCUGGAAAAGGCUGCCGUUUGGGACGACACCAGUAAGUUUUCCACCGUGAUGCAGCAGGAAUUUCUAUGUACUGCACCACAUCCACUGUUAUAAACAUAGCCAUAGCGUGUGGCCGUGGCCACUGUCUUUGUUGAUGUACAUGAUGUGAUGUGACUUGUUGAAACCACGCUGCCUCUGAGGUAACCUAAUGUAGGAGGUGUAAAAGAUCCCCGACAUACUGUUCUUGACAAGAAGAAGAAGAAAAAACUGUCAGGGGAGGUUCUCUUCUGCACUGUUCAACCAAUCCAGUAAAUGUGGAGGAGGAGUUAAGAUGGAGUGUCACCUUGCUAAUGUCCAAAAGCGGAAAUCGAGUCACAGGUUCCACUGAAAACCGGAACAUCCGGUUGUUGGGAACUCGGCAGAGGCUACAUCUGAGGUGACCUAGAGGAGGGAGUUUGAGUGGUGGUUAAAGGGGGUGUUUGUGGUGGUGUUUGUGGUAUAUCAAAUAAACCAAUUAUGAUGAUAGUGUACACAGUCUAUUACAAUUAGGAUUGUGUAGUUAAUAUCUAAUAUCACUAAUAUCUACAUUCUUCCACUGAAUUGAGACAACCGGGCACAAAAAAGUCUCCCAUAUCCACGCAAGCAUACCAUUUAGAAUAUGGCCAAUACGUUGCUGCAUUUGAAGUAGUAUUUCAGUUGGGAUUAUUGGAAUGGAGCCAAAGACAGUCUUCGUCACCAUCCUCCCCAUGUGUAACUAUUAUCCCCUUGUCUCCACUGUCGCUCCUGCUUCCGACCUUGUUUUAUUCCCACCUUCAGAGACUCACAUAGGCAGUGAGGUGUAUCGUACUGUCACUGUCGUUGGUGCAAUCCUAUUCUUAGGCAUGGGCAGAUUAACUAACAGUAUUGAGUGACACUAGUGGCCAGGACACAUGCAGUAGAUCCAUGCAUACAGUCCAUUUCAUUCCUGAGUGUGAUGUUCUACAUGUAUGCAUAAACCCAUAGGGCUGUUGUGUUUACCAUAGAAAUAUAAUUAAUAGAAAGGGCUUAGAACAUUUGACAAUAGCAAUUUGACAGCUAAAUUCAUGGGUACACUCAAAAUGGCUGCCAAUCCUCCCAUUAUUGCAUCAUUGACUUGAAUGGGGAGGCCCGUUCUACUUAUUCUAGUUCUGUGGUGUUUACCCCCUCAGGGUCAGUGUGGUAUGUAGCUAUCCAUACGCCUGUAGCACCCAAUGAGGAUCAAGGGCAGACAGUGACAGUAGCCCCCCCCCCACCCCCCCCCACCCACUCCCUCUCUGUGAUUGGACAAAAAGAGGACUGUGAAUCAAUAUUCUCAUCUUGUGCCCUAGCUGUGUCUACUGUCUGUCAUUCUUCCUCGCCGGUAUGUUUGUUAGCUGUAUGUUGGCAUCCUCCAUUUUGAUGGACAAAAGAUUUAUCAAAUAAACAGAGGUUGAAUAUGCUA